CCUUAGCAAACUUUGCUUCUCAAUCCCUACUCCCUCUCUCUCUCUCUCUCUCUAAUACACGCACACUUGGUCUUUGCUUGGUAAGUUACGUUCGUGAUGACGGGAGUUGAACGUGAUGAGGAACUAAAUCAGAGCUUGUUACAUAAUUCAGCAUCAAACGGUGUAGUAGGUGACGAUGAUCAAGAGAAGAAAGACUUGAAAACAAAGGUGUGGAUUGAAUCAAAGAAGCUAUGGCAAAUAGUGGGUCCCUCCAUCUUCAACAGGGUAGCCACCUACACGAUGAACAUCGUCUCUGUAGCCUUCGCUGGCCACCUUGGUGAGCUUGAACUUGCUUCCAUGUCCAUCGCCAACACGGUCAUUGUCGGCUUCAAUUUUGGCCUACUGUUAGGAAUGGCAAGUGCAUUAGAAACACUGUGUGGGCAAGCUUUUGGGGCAAAAAGGUACAACAUGUUGGGUAUAUAUAUGCAAAGGUCGUGGAUUGUUCUCUUCUUUUCUUGUUUCUUGUUACUGCCACUCUACGCCUUCGCAACCCCUCUUCUGAAGCUGCUAGGGCAGACAGACGCGGUGGCCGAGCAGUCCGGGGAGGUGGCAUUGUGGUUGAUUCCACUGCACUUCAGUUUUGCAUUUGUGUUCCCAAUUCAGAGAUUCUUGCAGAGCCAGCUCAAGGCUAAUGUCCUGGCCUGGGUUUCGAUGACGGUUCUCGUGUUUCAUGUGUUCGUCAGCUGGCUCGUUGUGUAUCAGUUUGGGUUUGGGAUUGUGGGUGUGGCUGUGACAUUGGACAUUGCCUGGUGGCUCUUGUUUUUUGGGCUGUUGGCGUACACUCUGUUUGGUGGGUGUCCACAAACUUGGACUGGUUUCUCAGUGCAAGCCUUUUCUGGCCUCUGGGAGUUUGUCAAACUCUCUACUGCCUCCGGUGUAAUGCUUUGCUUGGAGAAUUGGUACUAUCGAAUAUUGAUUUUACUUACUGGAUACCUACCGGAUGCCACACUUGCUGUGGACUCAUUAUCCGUCUGCAUGAAUAUUAAUGGAUGGGAAAUGAUGAUUCCUCUUGCUUUCUUUGCUGCAACCGGGGUAAGGGUGGCCAAUGAGCUAGGUGCGGGGAACGGAAAGGGAGCUAAAUUUGCAACAAAGGUCUCAGUGGUGAACUCCACAGUUGUCGGCAUCUUCUUUUGUGCUCUAAUUAUGAUAUUGCAUGACAAAAUCGGGUACAUCUUCACGUCAAGCACCGUUGUUCUUGAAGCAGUCGACGAGCUCUCUUACCUCUUGGCCUUCACCAUUCUCCUCAACAGUGUUCAACCAGUUCUUUCAGGGGUGGCUGUGGGAUCCGGAUGGCAAGCAUGGGUUGCAUACAUAAAUCUGGGUUGCUACUACCUUAUUGGGGUUCCUCUUGGUUGUGUUAUGGGGUGGGUUUUCGGCUUUGGUGUUCAGGGUAUUUGGGGUGGCAUGAUAUUUGGCGGAACUGCUGUGCAGACAAUAAUAUUGGCCAUCAUAACAAUACGGUGUGAUUGGGAAAAAGAGGCGGAUAAAGCUACCAAGCAUGUCCAAAAGUGGUCGACUCCUGAUCCAGAUAAUAAAUCAUAAGCAAAAUGUACUCGGGUCUACCACAUUUUGAAGCGGCUCUUUUUUCAUUAUAUUAUAAAAUAUUACAGGUCGAUCUUUCUUUCUUUCUUUUUUUUUUUUUUUUUUUUUGAUAAUUUGGUUAACAUUGAUUUCUAAGCUCUUUGGAGUGAUUCGAUUAAUUUCAUGUUCAAAGCUAGCAUAGUUGAACAAUUAGGGCUGUAGGCACUCAUUUAUUUGCUGAUGAGAUGACACAAUCCAGGAAAAGGCUCUCAUAUUGUAAAAUUUGUAUCGACAUUACUGCAACCCAGAUGUUACCUGAUGUUGUAAGUCUGGAAGUUGUUGAGGGGGUUUUUGUACCAAUAAAAGUUGCCUAUCAAUGUAAACCAUUGUCAUGCCACAA